UUGGUCACACUGCAAGCGGCGACGAAAGAAAACAUAAACAAAUUUAACUUAAUUUCGUUUUAAGUUUCGUGCUUUUAAAUAAUUAAUUUAUAAAAUGCUAUCCCUGACAGAUCCAGCCAACUCGGGCGGAAUUCCCGACAAAGCCUGGCAGCCGCAUUUCGUCACUUUGGAAACGAGCAUGGGCGAAAUCACCGUGGAGCUCUACUGGAAACAUGCCCCCAACACGUGCCGCAAUUUCGCCGAGCUCUCGCGAAGGGGCUACUACAACAACGUGGUGUUCCACCGGAUAAUCAGGGACUUCAUGAUCCAGGGCGGGGAUCCCACGGGAACUGGACGCGGCGGCACCUCCAUCUACGGCUCGGAGUUCGGGGACGAGCUGCACGGCGAUCUGAAGCACACGGGAGCGGGCAUCCUCUCGAUGGCCAACUCUGGACCGGACACCAAUGGUUCCCAGUUCUUCAUCACCCUGGCGCCCACCCAGUGGUUGGAUGGCAAGCACACGAUCUUCGGAAGGGUCUACACGGGCAUGGAGGUGGUCAAGCGGAUAGGAAUGGUGGAGACCGACAAGAACGAUCGUCCGGUGGAUCCCUUAAGGAUCAUCAAGGCCAAGGUGGAGAAGCUGUGAGGUAGAUGGGCUUGAAAGAAACUUAUCGUUGACAUGUAGAAAUUAUAAAGAACUAGAACAAGUAGUAGUUUCCUAGAGGAGAUUCCCCGAACUUCUUUUAACUUAAAUGUAUUUACGGAAUGACUAGAAACACAAGAUCUUUUUGAUCCCACGAUGGCAGUACCUUCUUCUACAUGGUGCUGUCCAUCAUGUCCACCAGCCGCUUGAUCUCCCUGCUGUGAAAAGGAGGAGGCCCAUUAGAUCUUGAGGUUUUGGCGGGGAUUGGCCCACUUACAUGCGCUGACCCAGCUGCUCCGUGGGCUUCAUCGACUUGGUGAUCUCCUCCGCCUUUGCCAGCAGUUGGUACUGGCACUUGAUGUUGGCAUCCAGCGUGUCCGUCAGCUUGUUGACCGCAUUCCGGUGGACCUCCACAUUGUCGGCGGUGAUGGAGGAGAUGGAGUGCAGCAGAUUGCCUAGGUUCUCCAGAAGAUUGUCCACCGAGGUGGCCAGAUACUGGGCCUCCAGCUCUAUGUCGCUCAGCACACUGCCGUCCACCUCGGGAAUGUUGCGCGAUUGCAGGAAUCUUCGGGUGAGCAGGCCGUUGCCCGAGGCCUGGGCUCCCGCCAUGGAAGUGGAGGGCGUGGUGUGCUCCGAGGAGUAGUCCGUGUGGGCGCCCUCGCGCAGCUUGGCCUCCAAAUCGUGGGCCACAAAGUGGCGCAUGCCAUCCGAGUCGCUGGCGCCCUCCAGUUCGUAGGGCAGAUCUGUAAGCGGGAAAAAUAGGUAAUCUAGGUAAUCCUGUCAAGAACUAAGGAUUGCUUUAUGGUCCCUACUGCUCUCCGCCCUCGCUUUGUGCCUCUGGAUGUCCGCUGAGCUGUCCUUGGAGUUGCUAUUCGAGUUGCUGUUGUCCUCCUCCGCCAGAGGAUCGUCCUCCUCUUCGGCAUCAUCCUCGCCAGAGUCCAGAUUCACGUAGCUUUCGCCAUUGGGUCCUUUUGCUGUGCCCUUGCCCGGCACCACAGGAUGACCUGCCGCCGUGGGCGUGAGAUCCUGGAGGACAUGCUCGGGCACUGCUCCCGGAUAUUGGGCCAAAAAUGGGAUUUCCGUGUAGGAGGAUGCGGGCGUGGCUCCUGAUCCGGGUCGCCCUGCUGCUCCCUCCCCCUGGCCACUCUCCUCGUCCACAUACCCGUAUCGCGGACGGAUGGGGAUGUCCUGGUGGCGGUGCGACAUGUAGAUCUUUUUCUGGGGCCCUCAAUUCGGAUAAAAACAAAGAAGUUUGACACCACCAAGUUCAGGGAAAAAACCAAAACAAAUCAGUGAUGACACAAUAGCGAACCGGUUCAGAUCUAGUUCCGCAGCUGCUGGUUCCCAAGGUUUAAAUUGCUUUUUAUUAAACUAAGCAGAAAAAUAUUUAUAAAUUAUAUUUAAGUAAUUUAAUACCUAAA